UACAGUAGCUUGUAAAAACUAUCACAGCUCCACCCAAUUCAGGAUUAGAAGGUGUUGAGCGCUUAACCCUAGAUCUCAGUGAAUCAGCUGCAGAGAGUCUCGAUCUUCUAGAUGAUCUGAUAACCUUCCUCGGCCCCCUGGUGGAGUGCGCAUGUUCUGGUGAAACGAGCAAGGAGACUGAGAAGAGGAAGGAGAUCCUCGUUAAUAUUAUCCUUGUCAUCCUGCUACAUCCUAUCUCAGGUUUAGGGUUUAUCCCAGCACCCGGAGAUAUCAACUCUACAAACAGAAGUUUUGCCGCGUAGUUUUAAACCUGCGCGCAAACUGGUUGAAUUCAUUUCCGUGCUGCGAGGGAACAUGUUACGUGAUAUACUUGAGGUUAAACCAGGCAAGGAGGACGAGGAGGACUCUAAGAUAUCCCUGGGGAUUUACCUGUAUCUAGUUUUCGGGGAGAACAUGCUGGUUGAGAAUAUUCCCCAGGUGUAUUCCCACCUGGAGCUCCUCUCCGUCUCCAUACCCUAUAUCCGGGUCCUACUGGAGAACAACCAGGAGAUAUUCGUCUUUAAAGGAGUUCUUCUUCUCAAAUCUUUACUAAAGAGGAUCCCUGCUGAUUGGUUGGAAGGAUCUACUAGUGAUGAUCCACAACUCCUUAGUCUAGUUGAUCCACUCACAAAAGUUAUAGUGUACAACUCUGUACGGGAGACGAGAGAAACUGGUUUUAUCUGCUUCACAUUGUUGGUAAACAUAUUCAAUGCCGAGGCAAGGUUUAAUCUCUACAAAUAUCUCUUCAAUACCCUGCAGCAUUCAGGUUUACUUGGAUGGACUGUGACGCAUUUAAAGAAUACGUUAGCUUUAUUUUUUAAAGACCCAGCUAUAUACCCUGGUUACACAGAGGAUAAAAUUUGCGCACUGUUGAGUAAACUAUUUCAUCUUGAACAUGGAGCAGAAACAGAUCUGCUAGAAAUUAGUGACGAGUUGAUUUCUGAAAUAAACCUAGGAAUCUAUUUAGCAGCAAGAUGUCCAGAUUAUCUGACUGAAGUUGCUGCAUUCAAAACAACGAUUAAAGUUUGGGCAUUUCAAAUACAGGAGGCUUUGAAGAUGUCGAAGGCUCAUUGGGAAUUAAAACAUAAAAACGAAAGUGGGGUUGGUCCUGAUGUAAGUAUCCAGGUGGGCGGACAGAACCUCCCUAGCAUGAACAAGGAGCAGAUGGGGAAGGUGAUCAACUCUGCCCUCACCACCCUCGACAUUAUUCAUUUCAAUCUAGUUUCACUUCUCAACAAGCUGGAGUAGUUCCAUUAGCCAAUUAGUCCCCCCCCCUCCCAAAAAAAAAGAUAAAUUCAAAAAUUAGAGGAGUCAAACAUAUAGAGUUUAAAAAGAAAGUAUUAACAAAGAGUGAGUCCCAAAAAACUCUUCGAGUCCAAAAGAACAGGUGUACGAAGUCCAACUGUCGGGAAGUUCCAAUCAAAAAGUUCCAACAAACUGUGAUUCCCAACAAAUAAAGAAUUUUAUACUUGAAGUCCCAAAAACAGAGAGUUUUAGCAAAAAGAGAGUUCGAUAUAAGGAAGUCCCAACAAACUGAUAGUUUUGAAAGAAGACAUUUAAACGAACUGAGAGUUCUGAUGAAGGAGUGAUAAAACAACAAAAAAAA